UGAUCUUCCUCAAAAAAAAAAAAAAAGAAAAGAAAAGGAAAAGACAAGUAACAAAAAGCACAAACCAUAGAGGCAAAAGAUUGAAGAUUGAUACAUUUGACUACAUUGCAAUUACAAACUUCUAUUCAUCAAAGAAGAAAGGAAGUAAGGGAGGGAGGGAGGAAGGAAGAAAGGAAGGAAGGAGAAGGAAAGAAAGAAAGGUAGAAUAAGUUGCAUGCCGGGAGAAAACGUUUGUAACUGAUAUAAUUGGCAAAUAAGAGGUCUCUACAGUAUAUAUAUAAAAGACUCCUAAAGAUCAGUAAGAAAAAGACAACUCAAUAGAAAAACGGGGAAAAGUCAGGAGCAGGCAUUUUUUUCAGAAAAGGAAUCUCCAUAGGAAAUAAAUAUAUGAAAGAUAUUCAACGUCUUUAGCAAUUAGAUAAUGUAAUUAGGUUCACAAGCCAUCAUUUUACACUCACUAGAUUGUAAAAAAUUAAGACACCUGACAAUAAUAUUGUGGCACCUGCGAGUGCUAGGGGAGGUGUCCACCACGCAUGUGCCCGCGGUGACGUGUGUUUGGGGGAUGGGGGUAGGUGGGAAUCUCUUUCUCGUCUUCUCAGUCUCACUCAGGCCCAGCAGGCAGGGAUUUACCUUUGCCACCGGUAAUGGAAGAACUGAUGGGGGAAGGCGAGGUUCUGAAAUGUACUCUGAAGAACCCCCAUAACCGUCUAUGCCUGCCAUUCUGCCUCCAAUUGGUCUAGUGUUGGGUCUUGUCAUCUCUCUCCCAAAAGAGAAGAAAUGAAUUAGCGCUUUGAAUGAAUGUCUUCUUUAGCCUGAUUACACCCUCCCCACUCCCGCAAACACCUGGCCCUGGACCAGGCUCAGAGUGGGAACUCAUUAUGUGCGUCUAAUGAAUAUAUUUAUACGCUCUUUGAGGGAGGCUGAAUGCCCAUUUCUUACACCAGCAUCCCCUUCCUCGCAGUCACUCGAUCGCCCCUCCCUUCCUCCAGUUCUGCCACAAUUUAAACAAGCUAAGGGGCGAGAGUCCUCCGCCACGGCUGCUCAGAGCGUUUGAGGAGACGACCAGGAUGGAGAAGGGGUCACGUAAUACCAAAGGAUGUUUCACCAGGAGCGAGGACGCCCCUGCUGCACCCGGGACCUCAGGCCGGCGGUGGGAGCCCCGAGCUUGCGCGCGGCGCUGGGGCAGGGCGGGAGCAGAGCCAGAGUCCCGCGAGAAACAACCUUCUGACCCUGGGCCCUCGCGGGUCGGGUCGGCGCAGGCGUGUCCGCCGCGCGUCCCCGCGGUCCUGCGCGCGCGUCGGCCGGCCGGUCUGCGAGGCUCUCCCGUCCGCCAGGCGGAGCUGCGGGGUGGGGAGACGCGCGUCGGCCUCCCGGCCGCCCCACUUCGACGACAUGUUCGGCGUCUCGUUGCGGGUGGGUCCCCAGAGUCGGGACGGCCCGACGGGACGAAGCCCGAGAUGCGGAGGCGGCGGGAGCCGGGAAAAGUCCAGAAGGGCCCCGUGGCGCCGGAAUGGGGGACAAGGGAGAAAGAGGCCCGGGAUGCCGGCGUCGCGUCGGGUGCGGGCGGGCCGCGAGGGGCGGGGAGCGGGGCGGGCCCCGGGCGGAGCUGGAGGGGCGUGCUGCGGGGCCGGUUAUCUCGGCGCCUGGUGUGAGAAGAGGGCUGGUGGACCUUUGCCGAAUCCCGCCGAGUCUGGCUGGUGUCGGAAACGUGCAGGCCGCCUAGCGGGGCGGGGUGGCGGGGUGGCGGGCUUGGGGGCGGAUACGGGAGGCUGGUCGAGCCGUGUGUAGGACCCAUCCCUGCUCCUUGCCAUCACCGUUAUCGGGGUUACAGUGCUCCUGUUCACCCUGAAGAGCAUGAACUCAAGAAGGAGACGUCUUAUCACCUUACAGAACCCUGAAACCAAGUACCCACUGCCCUUGAUUGAGAAGGAGCAAAUCAGUCACAACACCCGGAGGUUCCGCUUUGGACUGCCCUCGCCAGAUCACGUCUUAGGGCUUCCUGUAGGUAACUAUGUCCAUCUCUUAGCCACAAUUGAUGGUGUUAUGGUGGUCAGGGCUUAUACGCCUGUGUCCAGUGAUGAUGAUCGAGGCUUUGUGGACUUAAUUAUAAAGAUCUACUUCAAAAACGUACACCCCAAUUAUCCAGAAGGGGGGAAGAUGACGCAGUACUUGGAGAACAUGAAAAUUGGAGACACCAUCUUUUUUCGAGGGCCAACUGGGCGCCUGUUCUAUCAUGGGCUAGGGACGUUUUCAAUCAGACCACAGAAAACAUGUGAGACUGAAAAAAAGCUGGCCCAUCACCUGGGAAUGAUUGCUGGGGGCACAGGGAUUACCCCCAUGCUGCAGCUCAUUCGCCACAUCACCAAGAACCCCAGUGACACGACCACGAUGUCCCUCAUCUUUGCCAACCAGACAGAGGAGGAUAUCUUGGUGAGGAAGGAGCUUGAAGAAGUUGCCAGAACUCAUCCAGACCAGUUCAAACUGUGGUACACCCUGGAUAGGCCUCCAGUUGGCUGGAAGUACAGCUCAGGCUUCAUUACUGCUGACAUGAUCAAGGAACACCUCCCUCCUCCUGGGAAGUCAACGUUCAUCCUGGUGUGUGGGCCUCUAGCCCUGAUCCAGACAGCUGCUCACCCUAACCUGGAGACACUGGGUUAUACCAAGGACAGGAUUUUCACCUACUAGCACCUCCCUCACUCUUUGCAAACUUGCCUGGUCUCUUUCAUCUGUUUCAAAGUGAGUUCAGUUUCAGCAUGUUAAACUGGCAUGUGUUCAAAAGUGCCCUGUGAUGUAUCCUUGGGCACAGUAGCACUCCUCUCUGUUGGGUGAGGGCCUAAGAAGAAGGGUUCAAGGAGCUGGAGAUAAAGUGGCUUCUGAGGCCUCCUUGCUUGGGAGGCUUGAAGGAACUCCAUUUCAGUAUCUUUUUCUCUAGUUUAGUGAAAUAAACUUCAGUACAAAGCA